AUGUCAUUUACACAUAAGACUGCAUCCUUCUUGAAAGAUGUGUUCAUUCCUGUGUCGCCUGUUAAGGCUGUUGGUACUGCUGGAAGAGGUGCUCCUCAUGUCACGGAAUCACAACAGGCAAUAGGUACCGGUUCUAGUGCCGGUUCGACUGUUCCUGAAGCGUUUGAUACGGAGAAGAAGAAUGGCUCUGUGGAAGUCACCGUUUCUAAUGCAGAAGAAGUUACCAAAGAGUACAGAGAGUACGAACAGGGUCGCACGCAUCGUCUUCUUUCAAAUCGUCAACUUCAGUUGAUUGCCUUGAGUGGUACUUUAGGUGUUGGUAUGUUUGUCAACACCUCCAAAACCUUGUCUAAAUGUGGUCCUCUUUCGUUACUUUUAGGUUGCAUUUUUUGGGCCAUUCCGGUUUUGAUUGUCAAUAUUUCUUGUGGAGAAAUGGUGGUUUAUAUGCCCAUUCCUUCCCCUUUCAUUUCCAUUGGUCAAAGGUGUAUCGACGAUGCUUUUGGCUUUAUGGCUGGAUGGAACUUCUGGGUACUUCAAGGCUCGUUGGUUCCAUUUGAGAUGACUUUGUUCAAUAGUUUGAUUCAUUAUUGGAGAGAUGACUUUUCCGCCGCUAUUCCAUUCACUAUUAUUAUUAUUCUUUACUUCCUCAUUAACUUGAGUACUGUGAGAUGUUAUGCAGAAGUCGAGUUUUAUCUUGGUAUUUGCAAGAUCUUACUCGCCAUCGCCAUGAUUUUAUUUGUCUUCUUCACUAUGUUAGGCUUAAAUCCUAUGCACGAUAGAUACGGUUUCCGUUAUUGGUCUACUCCCAUGGUUGAAUACAUUGGUACAGGUGCCAAUGGUAGAUUCCAGGGUUUCUUGGAUUCUGUUAUUACAUACUCCUUCUUAAUGGCUGGACCUGAGUAUAUCAGUAUGUGUGCUUCUGAGAUUAAGAACCCAAGGGCUGUGCUUCCUAACGCUUAUAAGUCCGUUUUCUACCGUAUUGCAAUUUUCUUUUUUGGCUGUGCCAUUGCUACUGGUACUUGUGUUGAGUAUGACAAUCCUACUCUUUUGGCAGCAAUUGAAAACGGUUCUCCCGGUGCCGGUUCUUGCGCAUUUACUGUGGCCAUGAAGAACCUACAAAUUUCCGUGCUUCCGGACAUCGUUAACGUUGUUCUUCUACUUACCUCCUUUUCCGGUGGUAACGACUUUACCUACUGUGCUUCCAGAUCAUUAUAUGGUAUGGCUGUUGAUGGUAAAGCUCCAAGAAUCUUUGCCUAUUGUAAUAAAAAUGGUGUGCCAAUCUAUGCUGUGCUUGCCUCAUUGGUCUGGGCCUGCCUUUCUUAUUUGCAACUAGGUGAAGGUGCCAGUGUGGUCCUUGAUUGGAUUAUCAACUUGGUUACCGCUUCUCAAAUGCUCAACUAUCUGAUCAUAUUGGCCACCUAUAUUCAAUUUAGAAAGUGUGUCAAUGCGCAAGGUAUCAGCAGAGAUGAAUUCAAGUUCCAGGGCUGGUACCAGCCUUACUUGGCUUGGUUUGGCCUCUUUUUAGUCACUUGUAUGCUUGGUGCCCAAGGUUACUACGUUUUCUUGCCAGAAUCCUGGGACGUUUCCUCUUUCUUAUUUUCUUACAUCAUGAUAUUUGUUGAUAUCUUCUUAUUCCUUGUAUGGAAGGUUAUCAAGCGUACAAAAUUCGUCAGACCAGAGAAUGCUGACCUCGUUACCGGUAUGGAUGAAGUCGAAGCUCAUGAGAAGUAUUUAGAGAACAUCGGUGAGCUUAAACCAUUACCGCCUAAGGGAUGGAAGGGCCGGAUUGUCAACCUUUUGUAUGGUUACUAG